CUCGGCGUGCGCCAGUGAUCCGGCCGACGGACACAGGGACCUUCCGCGUCGCGCCCUCAGGUGCGGGUUAGCUGAGAGGCUCGGACCUGAUUCCGGGUCCGGCCCAGCACCUCGAGAGGGGAUCCCAGCCCCCAUGGCAGCCGCAGGUGCAUCCUGAGGACUUCCUGGAGGAGGCGACGCGGCUGGAGUCGGAGGCAGCGAGCUCAGCCUGAUGGCCGGGAGCCUGCACCGCCUCAGAGGCCAGGCCAUGGAAGCCGUGUUCCUGCCAGUCCUCUGGAAGGGGUUGCUGUCCUUUGAGGCCGUGGCUCUGUACUUCACCAGGGAAGAGUGGGACACACUGGACUGGGCUCAGAAGCACCUCUACAGAGACGUGAUGCUGGACAACUACAGAAACGUGCUCUCCUUGGGAGUUCAGUUUCCCAAACCUGAGGUGAUCUGUCAGCUGGAGCAGUGGGAAGAGCCGUGGAUCCUGGAUCUCGCGAGAGCCGGGACUAGGAAGGCUUCCGGCGGUGCUUGGCCAGGUCCUGAAGCCAGAUUCAAGAUGAAAGAGCUAACUCCAAAGCAGAACAUUUCCGAAGAUUUAGAGUCAUGUAAGAUGUCACUGGUAAAGCAGAAAAUGGCCAGGAAACCCUUAGAAAAGUUACUUGAAUGUAACGAAUUUGUGGACAUUUACCGACUUUCACUCCCUGCUAUUGGUGAUAAAUGCUGUAAGGACUUCCUUCAAACCCUUAACCUUAUUCAAGAUCAGAAAGCUCAGGCAAGGACAAAGCAGGGCCAAUAUGAUGAGGAUGGAAAACCCUUCCAUCAGAGAUCACCGCUUUUGAGGCAUAAGCGAAUUCUUACAAAUGCAAAAUCUUAUGAAUGCAGCGAAUGUGGAAGAGCCUUCCAGCGUCAGGCAAAUUUUGUUCGGCAUCAAAAAAUUCACAGUUCAGAGGAUCCCUUUGAGUGCGACAUAUGUGGGCAGGCCUUCAAACAGAAGUCUGCUCUGACUGUCCACAAACAGUGUCACUCACAAAAAAAGCCAUAUAAAUGUCAUGACUGUGGCAAGUGUUUCCGCCAGAUGGCGUAUCUUGUUGAGCACAGGAGGGUCCAUACCAAAGAAAAACCCUAUAAAUGUAGCGAAUGUGAAAGAACGUUUAGUCAGAAUUCAACCCUUAUUCGACAUCAGUUAAUCCACAGUGGAGAGAAACCCCAUAAAUGCAUGGAAUGUGGAAAAGCCUUUGGCCGGCAUUCAACCCUUAUGAGCCAUCAACAAAUUCACAAUAAACAGAACACUCAUAAAUGCAGUGAAUGUGGUGAAUCCUUUGGUCGGAAUGUAGAUCUCAUUCAGCAUCAAAGAAUCCAUACCAAGGAGGAAUUCUUUGAAUGUGGCGAAUGUGGGAAAACUUUUAGCUUUAAGGCAAAUCUUCACCGACAUGAGGUCAUUCAUACUGGAGAGAGACCCUACAGAUGUGACAAGUGUGGAAAAUCUUUCAGUUGGCGCACAAGCUUCAUUAAGCAUCGGGGUACUCACAGAGAGCAGAUACCCAUGUGAAAGUGACCAGAAAAGCUACCAUUUAAGGACCAGAACUUAACCACUCUUGCAAGUGUGUGUAACUCAACUGUUUUAUGAAAAUUAAUAAACAGGAACUGAAAUGGUUUUUCUGUGGGGACCCUCUCUU